CGAGAUUUCUUCUACACCUCCUCUUAGACUUUCCCCAGCUCACUAACUGCUUGGCCUAUCCCAACUCUGGAUUUUAAGCCAUUUGGUUGUAUUCGAUUUACGCACAAUGAACCUCCAAGAAUCACUUUUAUGGAAAAGUCACCGUCCACUCAACGCCUCCAAUCCACUAGAUAGCCACAUUGUGUCCUUACUGAGUAACCAUACCCUAGCCGUCUUUCCACCGUUUGCACAUUUACAGCAUUUUGCUAGCUCAUUUGCGGCCCCUUUAUACAGCCGCUUAUCAUCACGUGUGCCAAAAAGAUCAUCACUGACUGGCGUUAAAGAGUAUCAACGCCUUGCUUAAGCCCAUCGCCACGUGUACGACACCCUCUCCAGUUCGCCAGUUGCGAUUCACCUCCCGGUCUCCCAAUUGGGCAUUGUCGUAACAUCACUACAUAACGAAAGCCAUCAGUGGCAGCAA